AGAUUUCCACUACAGAUAAACAAGAAAUCCAAACCUCCUCCUCCCACCCCUCCCCCCAUUCUCAUACGCAAAAAAGAACCAGAAGGGCCGGAUCCCUUCUUUCAACAAUUCCCAUUCUAGCCUAUCGCAAUCAACAUAUAUUUACUCCUCAGUCAACCCACCCACCCGUUUAUAUCUACAAAAUAAUGCCAGCAAUGUCCUCAUCAACAACCGCAACGCUUACCCCAGAAACCCUCGAAUCCGACCUCCUCGCCCACCUCUCCUCCACCACCGCCCUCGAAGACCUGCACUCGACCCUCCUCUGCUCCCUACAACGCACAGGGUGGACGGAGAAAAUCCGCAAACUCUCCCUCGAGCUCCUCCGCGCCGGCCGCUGCGAGCGCUUCGACGACGUCGUCGAGGCGGUCGUCGCCUCCGCCGAGGGGAGGAAACAUCCCGCCCUCGUCGACGGGGAUCAUCACGACGAGGAUAAUAGUACCAGUACCUCGGCGGAUGUCGCCGAGGGGGGGGUUGAGAAUGUCGAUGUGCGCAUCCCCAAGGCUGUCGUGGAGCAGGGCGUCAGAGCCAUCAAGGAGGUUCUACGGGAGAUUGUCGAGUUGGAGGAUGAUCCCGAUCUGACGGGGGACCAUGAUGCCAAAGAAAACAAUAAGAGUCACGCGCUGAAGAAUGGAGAUCCAAGUCCUGUCAAGAAAUCUGACAAGAAAUCCAAACCUGGCAAGAAUACCAAGUGAUCAUCUGUUUUUCUUUCAUUCUGUAUUUCUAUAACUUUUUUGCCUUGUAUCAACCUGGUUUUACCACACUGCAUAUCUUGGGGAAUUGUCACUGGGGCACUAGGAGUUUGGUUGCGGAGGGUUGGUUGUUUCAUGUCUUGAUACCAUACAUCUACAUAUAUACUAAGAAUCGCAAGU